AUGAUAUUCAUAAUAGGUCGUCAUUUAUGUUCGCGACGUUAUCGAGAAUUUGCUUCAUUACAUCAACAAUUAAAACAAGAAUUUCCCGAUUUUCCAUUUAGUCCUUUACCUAAAAAAUGGCCAUUUAAAUUAUCCGAUCAACAAUUAGAUGCUCGUAGACGUGGUCUUGAACAAUAUCUUGAUAAGAUUUGUUCAGUUCGUGUCGUUGGUGAUUGUGAUCUUGUACAAGAAUUUUUAUCAGCUGAUGUUUAUGAACGUGAUUCAAUUUCAAUUGAUGUUGAAAUAAAAAUUAUGCUACCUGAUCGAUCAGUUACAAUUCUUAAAAUUAAACGUUUUUCUACUACUGAUAAAGUUUAUGAAGCUGUUGUAGCAAAAAUUAAUUUACCACAACAAUGUGCUCCAUUUUUUUAUCUUUUUGAAAUUCUUGAUUAUACAUUUGGUAAGGAACGAAAACUUCGUCCAAUUGAAUAUCCACAUCAAAUUUAUGUACAAAAUUGUUGUACAGCUAAUACAACAUGUUUAUGUUUACGUAAAUUUGUUUUUUCACCAACAAUUGAAAAUCAAAUUUUAAAAUAUCCAUUAGCACGUGAUUAUCUUUAUCGAGAAGCAAUCGAUCAAUUAAGUCGUGCAGAAAAUUCUACUGUUGAUCAACGUUCAGCAUUAAAAACUUUUGAUGAAAUUGAAUAUAUAAAAUAUGCUCAAACAUUUACCGAUAUAUAUAAUACAAUAACAUUUCCUUUAUGUCCAUGUAGUUCACGUAAAGAUAAUGGUUGUGUUAUAUUAUCAUUAAAUAGCACACGUCUUCGUUUACAUGCUUGUACUGAUGAUGGUCAAUUGGAAACAAAUCAAAUAGCUGAUUUUGAAUGGACAAUAAUUGGACGUUAUUGUGUCGAUGAACAAUAUUUUAUAUUUGAAUAUAAACGUUCAACAAUGAAAGUUGCUAAACCAGUUAAAUUACAAACACCAUUUGGGCAAUUUAUGUAUGAUUGUUUUGAAUGUAUUCUUCGUGAAUUACAAUUAACAACUAAUAAUAAUAAUAAACCAGAUGAGCCGAAUGUUUAA